AUGGCGGCGGCGAAUCCAAGCAGCGGCGCGGCCAGCGCGGUGAGAAGCGGAGGCGGGGCGCGGCAGAAGCUGAAGCAAGCCGCAGGAGGCGAGGCAGGACCGCGCGCGCAGGGCGAGCGAUGGCUGCGGCGAUGGCGAUGCGGGCGUGAGGCGCGCAAGGGGAGGGGCGAGCGGCAAGCUACGGGCGCGGGCACGGCAGCGCAGGGCGGAGCGGGGGGGACGACGCCGCGGCGGGGCACACGGGCACACGGGGAGCUGCGAGGCAGAGUGCCGCGACAAGCAGCAGUGGUGCGCGCGCGGGGCGUGGACACCGUCGCGCGCAGGGGCGUGCAAGAGAGGGCGCAAGGGGGAAUGGCGACGGAGGCAGGGGCGGCCUCGUGCGCGUGCGCGCACAACGCGGUCAGCAGCAGCAGCGGGGCGGAGCCGGCGCGUCGCGCGGUUGCAUCGGCGAGCGAGGUGGGCAACAGCGAGGGGAAGCAGGCGGUCGCCGCGACGGGCGACGACGGCAGACGCGGGCGGGCGAGCGCGCGUGGGCGAUGCAGCAGUUCAUAG